UGGUCGGCUUAGGCGAUGAACGAGUCGCGGCGCAAAUGAAAUUAAAAGUGAAAAAGUGAAUUUGUUUACGUAUUGUUGUUGUCCGUCUAAUUUGGUGCGUUCAAUAUGAAGACUUGCGUGGUGUUUUUGGUGUUGGUGUUGAAAAUUUCAGGUUUUGAUGCGUUCAUCAUUCCCGACGAGUUGCCGUCUUUGCUCUCGGUAAUUUACUCCAACAUCCCGACAAUUAAGAAGGGUACUGACUCCCGAUUGGGUUGGGGCUUCAGACUGGGCGACAGGGCUGAUUUUCAAGUACUUUUAGAGCUCGGACCCCAAACCAACACUCAACCUCUAGCAAAUCAGGGCGACUCGAACACCAACAACAAGAGGAACACGUUGGAGAACCUGGCCAACACUUUGUACGCACAACGGCAGAAGGAGAAGAAGGAGAAGUUACAGCUGCAACAAUUGAAGGAACAACUACAAAACCAAGAUGAGGUGAAGCAACAAGACAACGAGGCGUCCACGUGGCUGAAAACAUGGAGCAAGGACAUGCGUAACCAAAAUGAGGAGGAUGGAAUCAAAACGUUGCUGCAGAACCUGGCGAAAGCCAAACCUGGUUUGGCCGAAGGCGAAAUCGAUGCCAAAAGUGUGAUCCCCGAAGACGAGUCUGGUGAGAAGAAACCAGUCAAGAAAAGAGCCGAAAAGGUUAAAAGCACCACCGAAGGUGCUUUGGACGACGUGAACUUAGAUUAAGAUUGUUUAAUUUAUUUGUUAGGAUAGAGUAUUUUUGUAAUUUGUAAGGAAUAAAGUGAUCUGGUCAUUAA